UCAGAAGCCUGGUCUCAACACUCUAAGCCUAUGCAACAAAGCGGAGCAGCAGCACUGGGCGCGGUGGGUGCAUCUAAAAAAACACCCAGCCCGCACGUGAGAUUCCAACCGGAGGAGGCAGCUAGAACAGGAACAAGUUUAGAAAUGCCAAAACGUGGUCGAUAAUAAAGUUUAUCGCACGCCACGCGCAGCCAAUCUGGUUGGCUGGAGGCAGUCAGCAAAGCUCUGCCCGAGUUAUUUGGGUCUCAGCGAGAUAAAGCUGUGCGUAAAAUCUACCUGCCAGACGCAGCAGCGGUGCCGUGGCAUCCAGGACCCAGCGAGCAAAGUCCACUCUUAAACACACGGAGUAACUGCCACGGAGACCGUAUGUCGUGCCAUGAAGGGAGUUCUCCGAAAAUUGACAACGCGAAGCAGGGUGAGUCUGUCCUCUCCUCUCCAUCGACUCAUUUGCGCAGAGGAACGAUGCUGAGUAAACCAACGGAAAGAUUUUAUUCUACAGCAACCAGACUGGCAGAUAUCCUUUCGACUCCGUUGUUUGACCCACUUGACAUUUGACCCUUCCCUAAGUCAUGGAGAGCCUCACCGAGCUCCAAAACCCGCUGCUUGACAAAAGCGGCAGACACGUGGUCCAGAAUAACUACCAAGGAUACCAGUGUGACUACCCGAGCCAGCCUUAUCAGGACGACCUAAUUGGCUACUAUUACAGCGGGACCAGCGGCAAGCACAACACUCAGCAGUUUCUGGAUGCAACUUCUCUUCAUCUAGCAGUGGAGGCUUUUUACGGGCCCAACUUCAUCCUGUUUAAGGAUGAUGUCAGCCUUCACAGCAAGGAUUCAAAGAGUGAGAGCUUUGAGACCACUUUCACAGAGAACAAGGACAGCGUGCCGGAUGGAAUUCCCACGGAAAACACAGGGGACGAUGCACAAGGAGAGAGGGAUGUGAAGAUACAGACGGUGUCAUACGAGGUGGAGGAUGAGCAAGGUCCAGAUUAUGAGAGUGACAGCUCCAGUGACAGCGAGAGCGAGGACAACUUCAUCGUGCUGCCCCCCCGGGACUACUUGGGCCUGGCCAUCUUCUCCAUGCUCUGUUGCUUCUGGCCCUUGGGCAUCGUUGCCUUUUACUACUCUCACAAGACUGGCAAGGCCAUUGCUAAGGGAGACUUCUCCAGGGCAGGAAUGAGCUCCAGAAGGGCCCUAUUCCUGGCUGCACUGUCCAUUACCAUUGGAACAGGCAUGUAUGUGGGGGUGGUUGUUGCCCUCAUAGCCUACCUGUCCAAGCCCGGACAUGUAUAGCACUUGAACCAAUUGCUUUGGGGGAAAUAAAGGGAAAAGGAGCCAAGGGGAGAAGAAGGGACACAAUGGACGGGACGCUUUGCCUGAAUGUGUGUGACUGUGCUGAUGCCAGGCCUGUGAAGGAAAGGAGCUUUACGGAGAGGGAAGGCUAAAUAAAACAGGAGCCGUGAAAGAAAAUACUCUGCACGGAUGGAGUAUUGCUUGGACCGCAUAUUGAUCCAGACCGCAUCUUUAUUUCUGGUGUGCAGCACUCCCACCAGAGUACUGGACGAGAGGGAAAUGCUGUAAUUCUAUUAUAAAGCUGAACUCUAAGCAGUAAGAAACUACCUAUCCUUUUACCACAUUAACAGCACCCGUACUUGAGAAUUACAGUAGGUGUCUUACCUGUUCGUACUGUUGCCAAUUUAUUAUGCACCUUGUAAAUCAAUUUCAUGACAAUAGCAUUCAAGUUGUCCGUGAUUAUUUAAUGAAAGAAUAAGCUAGAAAGUGGUCCAAUCAUUUGAAAUUUUACCUACGCAGAGUUCCUGGGCAGUGGAUACGAGGGUUAAUAGCAUCUAUUGUGUACUGUACAUCUAGUCAAUAAAUGUAUUUGGCAUGAGUAAUGAAACACUUUGCUGUCUCUCGCACUCCCUUAUUCCUUGUCUUUUUGAUAAGUUUGUCGUAGAGCUCUGCUGUUGCAAAGGUAACGAAAAAAUUUGUAAACUAAGUAAAGAAAUUCAAUCUGAAGUCGCAUAUUGGUUUGAAAGAAGAUUGUUCACUUUGGUUUGUUAAGGGGGUAAAAAAUAAAGCCU